GGGAGGCAGGGAGGGAGGGAGGAGGAGGAGGAGGAGGAGGGAGGCCAGACUAGCGCUGGCCCGUCUCUCCUCAGCGGCGCGGGACGAUGGCGGGCGCGGGGCCUUGGGGCCACUCGGCCUCCUACCUGGCGGGGGCGCUUGUGGCUGUGCUGCUCUCGGGCCUGGCGCAGCCCCACGAUGUAUCCAGACGACCAGCCUGGGAUUUGAAAAUUGAUCAAGCCUUACUACAAGUUCAUAAUGAAUUAAUCAAUGAGAACUUGACUGUCUACUGGCUCUCAGAUUAUUGUUAUCAGUGCUUGUAUCAAGAGCUCAUUUCUGUCCCCAUGAACAGCAUUGGAACUGGCCCUGUGGAUUCUCAGCAUGCAGUCACCCUAAUAGUUAAUGGUAGUAACAGCAAACAACUUUGCAGGAUACAUUAUCAUUUUGGAGAAUUUGGAAACUAUUCUCUGAUGGUUAAGAAUCUCCACAACAACAUCUUGCAGUUUUCAUGCAAUAUCAUCAUCAAUCAAAAUCCUUUCAACAGCAAUCUUCCUAUUUUCUUUGCAUUCCUUAUCUAUGUGGUUAUUUUCAGUAUUCUGAUGUUGGGACAAUUUUGCAUGAACAUUGAACUGAUCAGGAAUUGGCUUUACAAGAAGAUGAAUCCUAGAGAAACUGAUCGACUUAUUAAUUCAGAGCUUGGAUCACCAAGUAGAGCAGAUUCCAUUGGUAGUGAUCUCCCAGCUAGUGUAUGGAGCAGUGGCCCUUCCCUACAUCGGCUUCGUUCUCUUGACACAUUCAGAGGGUUGGCCCUUAUAAUUAUGGUCUUCGUGAAUUAUGGAGGAGGAAAGUACUGGUUCUUCAAGCAUCAGAGCUGGAAUGGACUAACUGUAGCCGACCUUGUCUUUCCAUGGUUUGUGUUCAUCAUGGGCACCUCCAUUUCACUGUCUCUGAGUUCCAUGUUGCGUCGAGGGUGCUCAAAAUGGAAACUGCUUGGAAAAAUCCUGUGGAGGAGUCUCCUUCUCUUUUUGAUUGGAGUCAUCAUUGUGAACCCAAAUUACUGCCUUGGACCUUUGUCUUGGGAAAACCUGCGUAUCCCAGGGGUGCUUCAAAGACUGAGCUGUACAUACUUUGUAGUUGCUGUACUUGAGCUCCUCUUUGCCAAACCUGUGCCUGACAACAGCACUCUGGAGAUUCCAUGCCCUGCUCUCCGAGACAUUCUGCCUUAUUGGCCCCAGUGGCUUUUCAUGAUGGCACUUGAAACAGUUUGGCUUUGCCUUACCUUCCUGUUAAACGUUCCUGGAUGUCCAAAUGGUUACCUUGGCCCUGGAGGCAUAGGAGAUUUUGGAAACUAUCCUAACUGUACAGGGGGAGCAGCUGCCUAUAUUGAUCAUGUGCUCCUAGGAGAGAAACACAUCUACCAACAUCCUUCUUCUAAUGUGCUUUACCAAACUACCGUGGCCUUUGAUCCUGAAGGGAUUUUGGGAACAAUCAAUUCUGUCAUCAUGGCAUUUUUGGGACUUCAGGCUGGAAAAAUUCUCUUGUUUUACAAAGAUCAGCACAGACAAAUAAUGCUCCGCUUUUGCAUAUGGAGUGUAGUAAUGGGUGUCAUUUCUGCUGUCUUGACUGAAUGCUCCAAAGAUGAAGGCUUUAUUCCAGUGAAUAAGAAUUUGUGGUCAAUCUCAUAUGUGACAACACUGAGCAGCUUUGGCUUUGUUCUUCUGCUGUUAAUCUAUUAUCUUGUAGAUGUUAAAAAAGUAUGGUCAGGAUCUCCAUUUUUCUUUCCUGGUAUGAACUCCAUUCUCAUCUAUGUUGGCCAUGAAAUAUUUGAAAACUACUUUCCUUUUAAAUGGAAGAUGCAGGACGCACAAUCUCACAGUGAACACUUGGCUCAGAACCUCAUUGCCACCUCUCUAUGGGUUUUCAUAUCCUAUGUACUUUACCGGAAAAGAAUAUUCUGGAAAAUCUAACUCAAUGAACAAUAGGUCAAAAGAACUUGGGGCUCUGGAAUACUCCACCUUCUAAGUGUUACUUUUU